AUGGCUCCAUCACUUCUUCUCUUACCGUCUCCUCCCCGCCCUCCAUCUCCAUCAACACUCUCAGCGGCCUAUCGCUCACCAUUAACAUCUGUUCUCACGAAACUCAAAAAAUCACCCACUCCCCAGACUCUCAUUGUCGGCCUCGCACUUCCUCUUCUCAGCGGCUCGUCACCCAAGUCAAAGACAAUCGCAUGGACAAACGCUCGAUACCUUCUCGCUGGGCUUUACACUCUUACAUGCGUCAUCUGCGCCAAAGAGAACAUUCCCAUUGACGUCGGCGCCGGAAAAGGGAGUGUGGAUGUCCGAAUUGUUCUCAUCGACCAUGAGAGGGGAAGACGCUACGAGCCAGACUUUGACGGCGGUUUUGAGGCGAACUGUACCGCUGUGUUGGAUCUAGCUGCGUUUGCGACAAAGGUUCGACCAUUGGAAGCUGUUUACCAUCCAAGCUGUGAAGAGGGGUAUGAGCUACUCUCUUCGUUUCUCAAACUUUCGGAGAAGAAGCAAACAUUUACUCAGAGCCAACUCGUUGCUAUUGAAGGGGGAAUCAGCUUGACGGCGGAACCAGCUUUGUCGCCAAAAGAACAACAGAAGGGCUUCAACACUGUUUGCCUAGGAGGCACGUUUGAUCAUCUCCACCCAGGUCACAAGCUAUUGCUUCAUGCAAGCGUUCUCCUUCUCAACAUCCCACCAAAAGACUCCGAUAAGACAUGCACUCUCAUUGUGGGUAUCUCGAGCGACGAGCUUCUCGUCAAGAAGAAAUACGCUGAAGAGCUUCAAUCAUGGGAUGAGCGCUCACAGACCGUUCUCUCAUUCCUCUCCACGCUUGUCGACUACGACACAACAUCUACGUCACCACCAAUAGAGCGCACACCUGACGAAGCGCUUGCCUUUCUACGCGACGGAAGAGUCAAGGUGCGAUGUAUUAUACUUCGCGAUCCAUUUGGCCCACCAAUCCACGAAGAAGAUGCCGACGCAAUUGUUGUUUCUGCAGAGACACGUAGUGGAGGCAAAGCAAUCAAUGAUCGCAGGGUUCAGAAGGGAUGGAAGCCGCUCGAAGUGUUUGAGAUUGAUGUUCUGGAUGCUGAAGAGGUUGGAGAUGGGGAAGUGAAUAAGACGGAUGAUUUUGCGACAAAGAUUAGUAGCACUGCGAUUAGACAGCAGAGGGCUGAAGCAAAGAGAUAG